AUGAUCACUGAUAACUAAUAAAAUUUGCUUUAAUGCUCUGAGAACUGGCAACUAAUAUAAAUUAACUCAACGAACAUUUCUGAGCUGAAAAAUCAAACAUUUAUAUCGACAUUAAUUCAAGAUAAAAUUUAUCUAUUUUCUAAGACAGAGAAAUAAUUUACCAGACCCUUGUACUAAAUAAACCUUGAAUUCUCAUAUCUCAAAAAUUUAUUGGAACAAAACAAAAGCACAAAUGAAAAUGAUAAGUCAUAUUUUACCAUCUAAAGAGAGCAAUAGUAUUUAGAAAUCAUUUUUAUUCAAGAUACAGAAUCUUUAAAAUUUCAAUAAUAAUUAUUAGGGCAAUGGUUCCGUCAGCUUAAAAGUUAAUGCACUAAUCAAAACAUUAGAGAAAAUUAUGAUAUUACUUCAUAAAUAGGGUAAGGCUCAUAUUCGACGGUUUUCAUUUGCGUUCCAAAGUAAAAUCCAUGUUAAAAGUUUGCAGUUAAGGUUAUUAAUAAAACCCUUUACGCUGAUUUAACCCUUAGAUAAUAAUUGCUAACCGAGAUUUAAAUUUAGAGAAGACUUAGAGAGUCUUUUAAUAUUUUAAGAAUAUACGAAGUGUACGAAAGCAAAAGAAAUCUGUAUAUAAUACUUUAAUAUCAACAUGGCGGGAAUCUUAAGGAAUUGACUCUCAAAAAACUUUCAGAAAAAGUAAUCUAUUAACUAAUUGAGUAAAUUCUUGAAUCAUUAGAAUAUAUGCACUCUCUAAAUGUCAUCCAUAGAGACCUCAAGCCAGAAAAUAUACUAUUAAAUAAAAGAAAUUUAAAUACUCUCAACUUUUAAAUUGCUAUCGCUGAUUUUGGAUUUUCAAUAUACAAGGAUGAAAGACUAUUAGAAAAAAGCAGAUGUGGGACUCCCGGAUACGUAGCCCCUGAAAUUCUGAAAACAAUAGAAUAUAAUGAAAAAGUUGACAUAUUUAGUACAGGAAUCAUAUUUUAUAACUUAGUGACAGGCGAAAAUCUUAUUAAGGGCAAAUCACUAAAUGAGGUAUUAAUAAAGACUCUUAAGUCAGAUUUUCAAGGCAAAAUAUAAUUGAAGAUUGAAGAUGCUGAUUUGAGAGAUUUAAUCUUGAGGAUGACUUAUAAGAAUCCAAUUUUAAGGCCUUCAGCAUCCUAAGCCCUUGAAAGUAAAUAUAUAUAGUCUAGAAAGACAAAAAAUAAUAAAUAAUAAUAUAUUGAUGGAAGCAAUCCAAACAUAGAUCAAUUAGUUUCCACAGCAAAUCACGCCUAGGCAAACUAAUAGAAAAAUUAAAUCCAAAGAUAAGAAAACUCAAACUUACCUCGCUCAUAUUCACCAAUGAAGAGAAAUAAGUUACUAAUAAAUACUAUUGAUGAUACUCAACCUAAUUUUUAAGUGAUAAAUAAAAAGUAAUCAUCAUUCAAAGUUGAAAAUAGAAUGAAACUAUUUGCAAAAAAUAAUGAGUAAAAACAAUGCUUUGAAUAAAAAUAAAACUUUUCUCCUAAUAAUCACUCUCAAAUGAAUUAUAAUUUCCUAGAUAAAACGAUUAGUUAAGCAACAGUUUUAUAAGACAAAUCUCCCUGCAAAAUUUAAAAUGCUUUUAAAAUUGAUUCUAAGUUGCCUCAAUAUAUUUCCUUCUAAGAUUUCAAUAAUUAAAUUUAAUAAAAUGAUUGUAUUAAGAUCUAAACACCUAUUGAUGAUGAGAAAAAGAAAUAAUUUGAAUUAAAGUAAUAAAAUAAGGAAGAGGAGUUUUCAUCAAGUUAUUUCGUUGAGAAUUCUCAAUCCAUAGAGUACAAUAUUAUAGAAUGUGAAUUAAAAUAGAUUUAAACAAUUGAUGAAAAUCUCACAUCUCGUCUAUUGAUACAUAAAAAUGUCACAAGAAAGUUUAGAACUUUUAUAGAUGUCAAUCAUAAUCAAUGA